CUGACAGUGACAGUAAUUUUGGUUGUCCUUUCAUUUUGCUUGAAUUGAGAUUGAGAAGUUGUUUUUUUGUCUUUGCAAAUUUGUGGUGAUUUUCGGAUUUGCUUAUAAUUUAUUUUACAAAUGAAUACGUAUUUACAAUUAUGUGAGUAGUGGUAUUACAUACAAUUUCUCAAGGGUGUUCACAAUUAAUGUAAAGCAUUGCAUGGGUGGACACUUUUAAAAAAAAUGUUGUCCAGAUUCCACCAUUAUCACGGUUCGAACAUUAUAUUGUUUGAAGAGAAUACUGUAGCGUAUAGAAAAGCUAGUUUUGCACACGGAUUAACAUUUAGUGAAAAGCCUCUCUUACCAGGCGAGAUAUUUUUGGUGGAGAUAGAAAAAACUGAGCGUGGUUGGAGUGGGCAUAUGCGUCUCGGUUUGACUUUAUUGGAUCCACAAACUGCUGCAUUGGGGCAAAAGGGAUUGCCUCAAUAUGCGCUCCCUGAUCUCGCAAAUACUGGUAUGUCGUGGAUAUUCCCUAUUUCCAAGUCUCAAAAUAACGUUCUCAUUGAACUAGUGAAUCAAGGAGCUAGUGGGCGUCGAGAAAAUGAAUCUCGCGUUUCCGUCCUCGGCGAUGGGCACAACGUGCGUACGCCGCGAGGAUAUAUUUCUAAAACUGUCCUGAGGCCGCAGACACAGGGUCAAAAUGGAACUCCACAAGGCAUCCUGCCUAUGGAUUCUGGUAGUCGCAUAGGAGUGAUGUUUGUUCCAUGUCCUAAAAUAAACAAGGAUGAUGUUGAUUUGGCUGAGAUGCAUUUUAUUAUCAAUGGUGAAGAUCAAGGUCCAUGCACUAAGGCUAUACCAUACAAAAGAGGACCAUUACAUGCAGUUGUAGAUGUAUAUGGGACAACAAAACAAGUGAAAAUUGUGCAACUGUAUGGAGUGAAAACUCUCCAAAAUGUUUGCCGAGACGCAAUUCUUCAAUACGUGAAUAAUGGUUCAGUGAAAAUGCUGCCAUUACCAAAGUGCUUAAAAGACUUUCUUCUUUCAUAAGUGUUUAAAUGAGGAGCGACCAGAGAAGACAAUAAGGCUGUUGAUGAAACAAUUCUUUUAAUAUUGCUUGGGUGAAUCAAUUUAAAUAUUAUGACUAUUAGCAAAAGAUUGGUCAUAAGUCCAGUUGACAAGACUAGACUAUUGCGUGGUGAAAGUUCAAAAAAUUAAAAUAAAUAAUCUUGCUCUCUCUAUGCUUUAGUAAUUUCUUUGAGCAAACAUUUUUACAAUAGUGUAGUUUUCAUGACAUGACUAUUAUAUUUAUGGCUAACAGUUUACGAAUAAAGUGUAAUAAAGUUACAAGUUUAAAUGAUAUUAAAACUUAAUCUUUGAUAAUGAAUUAAUGUAAUGAUCUUUAUUUUGUAAAAAAUAAUAGCUCCUUGCUGAAAAAAAGAUUACCCAAUCAAUAUUGAGCUUAUUAUGGAUGGUUUAAACCUUAUCUAAUUAAAGUGAAUUGUGAUGGUCAUUUAUAAUAUAAUGUACGUAAUUAUAACUGAUAUCUGAUAAUUUCGAAAAAUAUGUGCAGAGGCAAAAAAUAAA